CGACAUUUUUGUUUCACAUAAAAGAUCCAGAUAAAAUGGUUCCUUGUCCAAGGUUUCUAGUUAUGAGUUCGCUCUUCAACAUGAUUCUUCUUCUUGUGCUUUCAGCACUCAUUUCAACAGAUAUUAGUGUUUGGGCUCAGACUGGGGAACCUCAAGUUUCAGAGGAGGUUAAAGAAGAAACUACGAUGAGUUGUUGUCCUACAGAUUCAUGGGGUAAACUAGAGGUUGAAGGAUACGAACCUAAGGGUGUAAUAGAGAAGGUUGGCGACCUGGAAAUGUACAGGGUUGGGGAGGGGGAGAAGUGCAUCAUCUGGAAUUAUGAUAUCUUUGGAAUCAAUAGCGGUAGAACGAAACAAACCGCUGAUCUGUUUGCUGAAUCUGGAUACAUGGUUAUUAUUCCAGACUACUACAGGAAUGGAGAUUUCCGGUCCCCAUGGGAUGCUGAUGUGGGAGAGUUUAUCAAGGAAAAAUCUAAUUGGGCAAGUUUAGAGAAAGAUUGGAAAGAAUCUAUUCUGCCAUAUGCAGAGUCUCAUGGUGCUAAAAGAUUUGGAACUUUAGGCACAUGCUGGGGAACCUAUGUUGGCAUGAGAUUGAGUGCUGAUCCGAAAAUGUUGGCCGGAGUUUCCUGGCAUCCCAGCCAUACACCAAUAAUCGGUAAACUAGGGGAGGAUAGUACGGAGAUCAUGAAAGCUGUUCAGUGCCCCCAGUUAAUUAUGCCCGCAGCAACAGAUCCAGUGGCAGAUAAGACUGGAGGUGAACAUGUUCAGAUCCUUGAAGAGGGAGCAGGCGUUGAAGUUAUUGAGUUCCCAGAUAUGCAGCAUGGAUGGACAGUCAGGGGAGAUAUGUCUGAUCCUAAAGUAAAAAGCCUGACAUGCGCCAAUGCACAUUUAAGCAACCGAAUGAGGAGAAGAAAAUUGCCAGAAUUCAAUCAAAACAAAGGAUGUUCUGAAGGCAAUCAAAGAAACAAUGGAGUUCUUCAAAAAGCAUCUGUAAUUUAUUCAGCGCGCACUGACACUGUACAGUGUACAUCAUGCUGCAGUACACUGUAAUUAUUAUACAGAGCAAUAUUAAAUUAUUCAACAUUGCAUUAAUGUACCAAACUCAAGUAUAUAAAAUACAAUACAUCUUGAUAUUUUUAUAGAGAUGGAAUCACA